AUGCUCAGCCCGCAGGAAGUCUUUGAAAACCUGCGGCCGUACUUGGAUCCGCAGAAGACUUGCAUUGGAACGAUCUUCGCACAAGGCCUGGUUCACCUCUUAGCCCAGCGAACGUUUGGGCCCUCCGUGCGCUUCUUUGCCCUCCGCAACAUCCCGUGGCUUUGUCGCGUUGUGAAGGUGGGUGUUGAGAGCGAGAUUGUCGGGGCAAAGAGUUCCAUAGGCGUCAUGACCAUGAACAUCACUGAAGAGUGGGUCAAAAGAGAGCUGGAGCCGCUCUUCCUCGUCAAGAAGAUGGGGAAGCACGAGCCGGUCAUCGAGCUCCUGCCUGAUUUCUGCCCGAUCGUCUUCAAUCCGGCCAACCAGAUUAUCCACCCGGCUCGCUACUGGGCGAUGUUCCGGAAUUGGAACGGCCAGCCGCUUUCCAAGGACCUGGAGCCUCCCGAGUGGCUCUACAGGGAUAUGGAUGAGACAGCGGGUCAAGUGCUGGAAGUGCUGGAUGAGGAGUUGCAGCACUUGAAGAAUGCCUACUUCCAGGCCACUGGCGCACAGGGAUGCGACCAUGUGAUCCCCCUGGCUUCCCGUCUGCUGGAGCAGUAUGGCGAUCAGAUCGCCGACAAGUCCACCAUGGCAAAGAUGGUUGGCACCAAUAAAGCCUACUCCAUGGCGAGGACGCCGGUUCUUCGGUCGCCCCAGGGUGCAGCUUUGCUGAAAUGUGACCUCUGCGGCGCCGUCGCAGUUGAUCUUUAA